AUGAAGUGUUUUGUGGCAAUUGUUUUUACUGCUUUUAUAAGCAGCACAUUAGCGGUCGACGAUGGCAAAUACCACCCCGAACGUUACGGGAAAGAGGGCAAAUAUCAACCAUCAAACGAUGGCCAGUACUACGACUACGUGCACAAAUAUAAUAACUUUUAUGGGAAGAACAUUUACAACCCUGCGUACUACCCGCUUUACUACAAUUCGAUAAGGCCGUACCAGGAAUUGGUAGCGCCUUUUGUUAAGAGCGACUUCCCAACUCAAGUUGUUGUCACAGCACGUCCUCCCAUCGUAACAAGCACCGCUGUACCACUUGUACCUUCAACGGUCAAAUAUGUACCUUUGUAUGCCACCAACCAAUACCUCAAUGGAAGGAACGCCAGAAUCGUAACACAGGACAGUGAUUCAAACGAAAAUGGAUAUCAUUACAGUUUCCAAACCGAGAACGGUAUAUCUGCCGAAGAGACUGGUAGUGUUGCUUCAGCCUCAAAUGGAGCGGCCAGAGUAAAGGGCUUCUAUGAAUACGUAGGAGACAAUGGUCUCACAUACCGAGUAGAUUAUACCGCAGACGAAAAUGGAUUCCACCCUUCAGGCGCACAUUUGCCUUAG